GAAAAGACAAGUUCCGGGGUGGAUGAAGAACGCCGGGGUCUGAAAGGGAGAACACGGAGAUGAUGGGAAGAGGGCUCAGAACGGAGGCUUUAGGCGACAUGGCUGAGCGCUACGACUGCACGGAGUGUAAGGAGACGCUGUAUGGGCAGAAACACAUCCUAAAGGAGGAAAACCCGUACUGCACCAAGUGCUACGAGGCGCUUUUCUCCCACAACUGUGAAGCGUGCAAGAAGCUCAUUGGCUGCACCAGCAAGGAUCUGUCGUACAAGGACCGCCACUGGCACAGCGAAUGCUUCCUCUGCAUCAAGUGCAGCCGAUCGCUGGUGGACCGACCCUUCGCCACCAAGGAUUCAAUGCUGAUUUGCACCGAGUGCUACAGCAACGAGUACUCUGCCAAGUGCCAUGCGUGCCUGAAGACCAUCAUGCCAGGCUCUAAAAAGAUGGAGCACAAGGGCAACAGUUGGCAUGAGCAUUGUUUCACCUGCAACCGUUGCCAGCAGCCCAUUGGCACCAGGAGCUUCGUCCAGAAGGAAGGCAACAACUACUGCCUGCCCUGCUACGAGAAGCAGUUUGCUCUUCAGUGCGUCAACUGCAAGAAGCCCAUCACCACUGGAGGAGUGAACUACCGCGACCAGCCCUGGCAUAAGGAGUGCUUCGUCUGCAUCGGCUGCAAGCAGCAGUUGGCCGGCCAGCGGUUCACCUCUCGCGACGACUUCGCCUACUGCCUCGACUGCUUCUGCAACCUGUUUGCCAAGAAAUGUGCUUACUGCACCACUCCGAUCAGCGGUCUCGGGGGCAGCAAGUACAUCUCGUUUGAGCAGCGCCAGUGGCACAACAACUGCUUCAACUGCAAAAAGUGCUGCGUGUCUCUGGUCGGCCGAGGCUUCCUGACGUGCAAAGACGACAUCCUCUGCCCCGACUGCGGCAAAGACUUCUGAGUGAUCUCCGAAGCUGAAAAAGAGUUGGUCCAAACUGGCUGCCAAUCGAAGAGCACUGGUAGUAUUCUCCUAACCCGGCCUUUGUUGCAUUAUUUGCAUCAUUUAUUGGUUU